GUAAACUCUUAAUAAAAGCGCAAAUUCGCCAUUAAACUACGUCUUGGAGCACAGUCAUACGAUUACUCAUGUACACUUCCAAAGUUGUCCCUGGAUCUGUGACCACAUUAGACGAAAAAGAAAAGAAACAAAAAGAAAAAGACAAUCAACUGAAGAGAUUUCACCAAGAGUAUUAUCAGAUUCUGCAGGUUCCUGGCGCCUUCCUUCCUCCGCAGCACACUUCACAACAGGAGCUUGGGCCACCAUGCCAAGCUCAUGUGAAUCAGAUUGAUCCGCGCUUCGGCGAUCUGACCUUUUUACGUGAACAAGGUGACGCUACGGCCUAAAAAAAAAUAAUCCCGCCAGCCAUUCGAACCACGCCACCACCCGACCAUCCUUGACAAUCCCCAAACGACCCAAUCAAUCACCGACACAGUCAUUCUCGACACAACUCACCGACAAAUGCCACACUACCGGUGACAUGGCAACAGCUCUCGUUAACAGGAGCAACCCGGCGGCGUUGCCCGCCGUCCGCCGCACCAUCGCAGCGGCGGCAGGAGCAAUAGGCACAACCUCGACACCCACAACCAGCCUCGUCCUGAGCAGCCCUAGGCAACAACAACGGAAUCGCCAACAACAGCGCCGCACCUUUCUCGAACAGGCCGGCUCCGAUGCGUCCAAGGCGGGUUCAGCAGGCGCCGGACCCGGUGGCCGCGGCGCGAUCCCGACCUACUUUCAGCGCGAGCGCCUUCCCGCCAAUACGGUCAUCCGGUUCGUGCCGCAGCAGACGGCCUGGGUCGUGGAGCGCAUGGGCAAGUUCCAUCGCAUCCUCGAGCCGGGCCUGGCCAUCCUCGUUCCCUUCCUCGACCGCAUCGCAUACGUAAAGAGCCUCAAGGAGGUCGCCAUCGAGAUACCGAGCCAGAGCGCCAUCACGGCCGAUAACGUGACGCUCGAGCUGGACGGCGUGCUAUACACGCGGGUUUUUGAUGCGUACAAGGCGAGCUACGGCGUCGAGGACGCAGAGUACGCCAUCUCCCAGCUGGCCCAGACGACGAUGCGAUCGGAGAUCGGCCAGCUGACGCUCGACCACGUCCUGAAGGAGCGUGCCGCGCUCAACACAAACAUCACGGCCGCCAUCAACGAGGCAGCCCAGGCCUGGGGCGUGACGUGCCUCCGCUACGAGAUUCGCGACAUCCACGCCCCGACCGCCGUCGUCGAGGCCAUGCACCGUCAGGUCACGGCCGAGCGGUCCAAGCGCGCCGAAAUUCUCGACUCGGAGGGUCAGCGCCAGUCCGCCAUCAACAUCGCAGAGGGUCGCAAGCAGUCCGUCAUCCUGGCCUCCGAGGCCCUCAAGGCCGAGAAGAUCAACCGCGCAGAGGGCGAGGCCGAGGCGAUCCUCCUCAAGGCCCGCGCCACCGCUCAGGGAAUCGACCAGGUCGCUAGGAGCAUGGCUGAGGGCAAGCAGGCCGCCCAGGGCGCUGUCAACCUGAGCGUUGCUGAGAAGUACGUCGAGGCCUUUGGCAAGUUGGCCAAGGAGGGCACGGCUGUGGUUGUGCCGGGUAACGUCGGCGAUAUCGGCGGCAUGAUCGCCACCGCCUUGAGCGUAUACGGCAAGGUGGGCGCUGUGCAGGGCCAGGCAAACGGCGGUGCGGUUGCCAAGGUUGAAGAGGCCACUGUCUCUGCACCCGGGACUGGUGACGCUGUUAAGGAUAGCAUCGUUGCGGACUUUGACAAGGCAACCAAGGAUAGGUAAAAGGUGAUGCUAGGAAAUGCUCACGUCGGCCUGCAGUGGAGUGGCGCAAGCUCAAUACUCCUCUGCGUGUAACAGUUCAUACGUCUCGUGUUGAAAUAGAAGGGUCUUGAAAAGCGCAUCACGUCAUCGUCAUCGUCCAAGCAUAUCAAGCACAGGCACAUGGACGUGCCUGAAAAUAACACAAGCCAUGUAAUUCUACUCACUACUGCCGCCUGCUUUAAAGCAGUGCAUGAAUAAAAUUUGCCAACUGCGCAUUACACUGAUG